GAUUACGACAGAUUUAUUCGUCAACCGGCAGUUCCGGUGCGGUUGCUAAGAGAAAGCGUCUUCCUCAUGGUUACCAUCUCAGUUAGCCAAACAGCGUUUGUUUAUCCCACAGGAUUCGCUGUUAAUAUCUUGUAUAUCUCCGCAUAAUUUACAUCAAAAUUAGCACAGAUAUGUUCAGCGACUGUUGCAGGUAAAGUAACUGUAACGAGGUGAGCCUGACCGGGUUUAAAUUGUAAACCGUUAUAUAAUGUAGCACAGUUGCUAGCGUACGUUCAUCCUGCUCCUUGUUAUCAUGGUUUCGUGUAUUUGUUUAACGUUAGCUUAAUUCUGCUCACCAGUUUGCUUGCGUUGCCUUUUAUCUGACGGUAUUGUAUGUAGGUUUACAAUGACUAAUUUGUUGAGCAGAAUAUUGUUUGUAUUUGCUAAUACAUAUAUCUCUACAUAAGCAUGGAUUUUGAAUCAAUGUGGUCCAGAAAAUCUCAGAAAAUGGGUGAAAAUCUGGCAAGUGAAAGCGAUCUGCUGUCCAUGAUCAGUGAGUAUCUCAGGUUUGGUGAGUUUGAAGAGACUGUGAAAGUAUUUGAAAAAGAAAUGAAACGUAAAGGAAAACCUGCCCUUAAAACAUCAGAUUCUUCACGCCGAGACUCCAAAAUCCUCAUCAUUCAUGAUGAUUUUAUCAGCUCAUUUAAUGAUGGAGACCACAAGGUAUUUUUUGAGCUGUGGGCUAAACAUAUUCCUCAAGAGAUGCGGGACUUUGACCAAGUUGCCCAGAAAUUGGAAUUUUACCUUAAAAUUCAUUUCACAAUAUUCCCACUGAAGUCCCCCGUAGGAAGUCAUGAUAAAACCGAGUUUGACAACAGAAUAACACAUUUCAGACACUACCUGGAAACCAGAGGGGCAGCAUUGAGCCAGACUACAGAAUUCCUGCCGUUUUACGCUCUACCAUUUGUGCCCAAUCCUGUGCAGCAUCCGUCCUUUCAAGAGCUUUUCCAGGACUCCUGGAUGCCAGAUCUGAGAGAAAAGCUUGUGAAAUUCCUGUCAACAACACUAAAAGCUUCAAACACACCAAGGCUUUUGACUUUAUAUAGGGAUGGUGGAAAAGGAAACAAAGAGGCGAUUCAGCAAAUGCAGCUCCAUCUGGCCGAGUCAGAGAGAAAGUCCGCCAGCCACAUGAGAAGAUUUGCUAAGCUACAGGCAGAGCAUCACAACCUUAUUGUAGUCACGGCCGAGCUUGUGGAGUCACUGGAGGCCACAGUCCGUGGAAAGAUGAUUUCUCCAGAGUACCUGCAGGGUGUGUGCGUUCGGCUCUUCAAUGGUCAGAUGAGACAGAGUAAUGCUCAGAGUAUAGACUUCACCAGACCUGGCACUGGAUAUUACUCUAUGAGUCCUUAUGAUGAUGGAUAUGCAUCAUCAAUGCUGCGGGCAUCGGUCGCACCUCAGAGCUCCAAAGAUGUGCCGUUACUUCCGUCUCUGGACUACGAGAAGUUAAAGAAGGACUUACUAAAUGGAUCAGACAGACUGAAAGCUUUGCUGCUCCAAGCUUUGCGUUGGAGGUUGACUCGAUCUCUUCAUGGUGAGCAGAGAGACACAGUUCUGCAGGCUUUCAUAAGCAAUGAUCUUCUGGAGCGAAAUAGUACCAAACAGAAAACUGUUCUCCAACUCAUAAAAUCCAAGAAUGAGAUUGUCAGACAGUAUAUGGCACGACUCAUCAAUGCCUUUGCCUCUUUGUGUGAUGGUCGGAUGUACCUUUCUCAGAUACCUUCUCUACUGAGGUUUCUGCUGGACUGUCUGAGAACAGAAGAGAGGGAUUCUGUGACAAGAGAGAACGUGCUUGCCGCUCUACAGAAACUCAGCCUCAGGCGAGCCCAGCAGUCCGCUAUGAUCAGAGACGGUCUGAUUGGUUGGCUGGUCAAAGAGCUUCACGACUCAGACUGUCUAUCCGACUACACACUUGAAUAUGCCAUCUCUCUACUCAUGAACCUCUGUCUGCGAACCCAAGGUAAGCAGAAGUGUGCAGAAGAAGCCAAACAGGUCCUAAAGGUUCUGACGGAGCUCCUCGGACACGAAAACCAUGAAAUCCGGUACUAUGUAAACGGAGCUUUGUACAGCAUCCUGUCAAUGCCAGAGAUACGAGAGGAGGCCAGACAGAUGAGUAUGGAGGAAAUCUUACACUGUUACACUAAAGAAGAAAACCCUGAACUCAACAGACAGAUCGAGUUCAUCAUUAAACAGCUUAAUUCAGGGGAUGUCCCUCAACAAGAUCUUGAGUCAGAUGAUGAAGAGGAUGAUGAUGAAGAUGAUGAUGAGGAAGACGUUAUGGAGGCUGACCUUGAUAAAGAGGAAGUCCUUCAACCUCAGCCGAAGGAGCUCAUUGGAGAGACUUUACUAACAACAGAGUAUCUGGGGAUAAUGACCAACAUGGUGAAGAUGAAAAGAAGAUCAUUUCCUCCAUCUCGAAGUAUAGAUGAGCCCCUUCAGAGGCCUGUUACACCCAAUUCGCACAAAAACACAAUAUCUGGUGGAGAUGUGGUCUACCCCUUCAACAGGUGGAGAAGUGAAGAUAGCACCGCCCACUCUCGUUUCAGCUCCCGCCCACCUACUCGCACCGGCAGCCGACCCAGCACUGCUGAAUCCAUACGUCAAACAAUGGGCACAGACUCAGAAUGCUGGCGUUCCUCUGUUGAGUCAGGUCUUGCUGGAUCCCCAGACAGAUCCGUCCCUCUGCAAGGCCAGGAUGACACCAAUGGCCACUCUUACAGUGGGCAGAACAUGGGAUUUACAACCCGGCCAAAGAUUCCUCGUACCCCUGACAGUGACGCAGGCAGUGUCAGCAGGUCCCGUCUCCCAUCGCUGGCCCCACAGUUCUCCAACCGUGAGCCCCAGCAGAGCACUAGCAGACCCGGAUCAGGCGGGGGCUCCGGUGGACGGCCCAGCCAACAGAGCAGUCAGUCAAACAGGAAGUGAAUAGAGAACCUUUCAUCAGGUGAAGCCUGUCGGCAGAAGUCUUGGAAAACGAGAAACCGUCCAGUUUCCUGUAACAACAUCCAGAGUUCUUAUCAGGUCCGAGCCCGUGGGGCAGUGUUACUGAUUAAACAAGGCUCAGGAUUGUCGCUCCAAGAGGCUUUCAACCCCUGCCACAAAGCAUCACCGUAACACAACACGCUUCAGCAAUAAUCACUUUCAUUAAUAAGUACUUUCAUUAUCCCAUAAGAGUCCAAACGCCUGCCGCUCUGCCCUGCUUUGUUGUUCUUCAACCCUGCAACCACUUUGAGGAGGAAGAUUUAUUUAAAAAGCAAAUUAUGAAAUUUGUUCCCAGUAAAUGUGAUAGCAUAACACAUUUGAAUUUAUUCUUCUGUAUUGAUGAUUUAAUUGUUGUUUUGUUGUUGCAGCUUUUGUGUGUGCCUGCUUACAAUUUUAGCGUGGUGUUUGUUAUAACAUCUUAUAACAACUUAAUGUUUUAAACAAUAAUACUUAGUUUUGCACGAUGUGGUCGUGGUGUGUUAAAUACAUCUGACCGAGACUUGACAUUUUGUGUUUUAGAUUUUGCAUCGUUUUAAAAAGCUUUGCUAAUUGUGAAUAUUUUUGUAUGAUUAAAUAUUAUACAUUUUAUAUUAAAAA